AAUGGCCUUGAUGAUAUUACGCCGUCAAAUAGGCAAGAAUAUGACUUUAUUGUUGUUGGAGCAGGGAGUGCGGGAGCCACCAUCGCCAACAGAUUAACUGAAAUCAAUGACGCAAAAGUACUUCUAAUCGAAGCAGGUAGCCGUGAAAAUUUAUUUAUGGAUGUUCCUUUAUUUGCCUUAUAUUCAACACUUCACAAGGACAAGAAAUGGGGUUAUUCAACAGAAGCUUCAGAUCAAUAUUGUCUGGGAUCAUUGAAUAAUCAAUGCCAAGUUCUGUUUGGUAAAGUGAUGGGAGGAUCGAGUUCUGUUAAUGCUAUGCUGGCUGUUCGAGGCAACAAAAGGAAUUAUGAUACUUGGGCUGAAUUAACUGGCGAUAAUGAUUGGUCUUGGGACGGAAUGCUUAAAUACUUUAAAAAAAUGGAAAAAUAUGACGUCACUCGAGCAAAUACAAAAAAUGAAGCACAUGGCUAUAGCGGACCAGUACGUAUUGCAAAUGCACCUUAUCAAUCUCCGCUUGCACGUGCCUUUGUUGAAUCGGGUAAAGAAUUUGGAUUGCCGACUAUGAUUGACUACAACAGUGGUCAACAAACGGGUUUUGGUUAUCUGCAAACAAAUCAAAUCAAUGGAGAAAGAGUGAGUACAAAUCGAGCAUACCUGCACCCCAUCAAAUAUAGAAGAAACUUAUUUGUUAGUAUGAAUAGUCACGUGAACAAAGUUCUAAUCGAUCCGGAAACAAAAACUGCUUAUGGUGUAGAGUUCACAAAGGGAUAUCGGAAAAUAGAAGUGGUAGCGAGAAAAGAAGUAAUUAUAUGCGCUGGAGCAAUAGGUUCGCCAAAAAUCCUCAUGUUUUCUGGAAUCGGCCCAGCGGAGCAUUUACGUAGUUUCAAUAUCUCUGUUUUAAAAGACGCGCCUGUUGGUGAAAAUUUGAUGGAUCACAUUAGUUACGGAGGAUUGUCUUUUAUGACCAAUGAAACGGAUAGUUUUCUAAUUACAGAUAUUUUAAGACCAUCAAAUCAUGCUUUUUCCGAAUAUCUAACAAAGAGAACUGGCCCAUUGACGGUGCCUUUUGGUGUUGAAGCUCUAGGAUUUAUGAAUGUUGAUAACUUGAGUCCAGACGAUGAAGACCCAAAUUUAGAAAUCAUAUUUGCAAAUAUACAUUUUGGAUCUGAAUUAUUAGGUCAUACCAUUUUCGGAUUCAAAGAUAGUUAUUUUUAUAAAUUUUUUGCCAAGACAAUAUUCCACCACGGAUAUAUACUUUUCCCGAUACUUAUGCAGCCUAAAAGUCGUGGAAGAGUAUUUCUACGAAGCUCAAAUCCUAAAGAUAAUCCAAAAAUAUUAGCAAAUUAUCUUUCCGAUGCUGAUGAUGUACGGGUGGGAGUAAAAAUGAUCAGACAAACGAUUGAAAUCGCAAAAGUUAAAGCACUACAAAAAUAUGGAUCAAGAAUAAACGACGUAAUUGUUCCUGGGUGUGAAACUCACGAACCAAAUUCAGAUUCAUAUUGGGAAUGUGCAUUCAGAACAUUUACCAUAACUUUUUGGCAUCACUGUGGAACAUGCAAAAUGGGUGCAGAAAAUGAUCCAUCAGCGGUUGUUAAUACAAAAUUACAAGUUCAAGGAAUAAACAAUUUGAGAGUAGUAGAUGCUUCAAUAAUGCCAAUGAUACCAACUGGUCAUCUGAAUAUCCCGACAAUCGCAAUUGCCGAAAAAGCGGCUGAUUUAAUAAAAUCAUAUUGGGGUCAUAUUGACUAGUCUAAUAAAAAUUUGGACUUUUCUCUGUCUAGUUUCCUUAGUUGAAAAUUAAAAAGAAUGGAAAGAGAAGCUUAUCUUACCGUUACGUUUACACGUUGGAGGAAAGCAAAUUGACAUGAUUGGAUAUCACAAGAUCUUCUAGGUAGCAAUAAUUGAAUAUCUAUACAUGCAGUGACCUUCACGGAGAUAAUUAUCCGAUAAUUUACAAUGGAC